AUGGAGGAGACUAAACAUGCCACUGUCUCUCCCCAUGACUCGGAGAAGGGACCUGAGAUCUCUCCUCGCCGACCCAGUGUUAUCGGAGGCACUGAUCACAACCUUGAGACCAAUCGCGAGACUGAUUUCAUGACUCGCAAUGGUCUCAAUCUCAAGAGUUUCCAGCGCCGUGAGAAUGCAGGUGAAAUGGCCCAGCUUGAUCGCUCGAUGAAGGGUCGCCAUUUGAACAUGAUUGCUAUCGGUGGCUCAAUCGGUGCUGGUUUCUUCGUCGGCUCAGGAAGUGCCUUGACAAAAGGUGGCCCUGCUUCGGUUCUCAUCUGUUUCUUGAUCUCCGGUGCUAUGAUCUUCAACGUCGUCUAUGCUCUCGGCGAGCUUGCUGUCAUGUACCCUGUCUCUGGUGGUUUCUAUACCUAUUCUAUCCGCUUCAUCGAUCCAUCCUGGGGCUUUGCCAUGGGUUGGAACUACGUUUUACAAUGGAUGAUCGUCCUACCGCUCGAAUUAACCGUCUGCUCGUUUACCGUCCAGUAUUGGAAUAAAGACAUUAGUGUUGCGGUCUGGAUCACGAUAUUCUGGGUCUUCAUCAUCUUCAUCAACGUAUUCGGCACUCUCGGCUACGCAGAGGAAGAAUUCGUUUCUGCAGUAUUCAAAUUGCUGGCAACUGUGAUCUUUAUGAUUGUAGCCAUCGUUCUGAUCUGCGGUGGUGGCCCAUCAAGCGGAAUCUAUGACGAAUACUGGGGUGCGCGCCUUUGGUACGACCCUGGUGCGUUCCAGAACGGCUUCCGUGGCUUCUGCUCAGUGUUUGUCACUGCGGCUUUCGCUUUCGCAGGAACUGAGCUUGUUGGUUUGGCGGCCGCUGAAUCUCACAACCCCAGCAAGGCCCUUCCAAGUGCCAUUAAACAGGUCUUCUGGCGUAUUACCCUAUUCUACAUUCUCGGUCUUACCUUUGUCGGUCUUCUCGUCAGCUCCACUGAUGACCGCCUCUUGAACUCGUCGAACCCUUAUGCCGAUGGCGUCUCACCUUUCGUCCUUCCUCUCAAAGACGCCGGUCUGAUUGGCUAUGACAGCUUCAUGAACGUGGUCAUUCUCGUAUCUGUGGUUUCCAUCGGUGUCUCCUGCGUUUACGGUGGCUCGCGAACUCUGACUGCACUUGCUCAGCAAGGGUACGCACCAAAGAUCUUUGCAUACAUUGACCGAUCUGGUCGACCUCUCUGGUCUGUCGUCAUCAACUUGGCCUUUGGUGCUCUUGCAUAUGUCAUCCUUGCAUCAACUGGUGGUGUUGUCUUCGACUGGCUCCUUGCCCUUUCUGGUCUUGCAGCCCUCUUCACAUGGGGCUCCAUCCUCGUGGCACAUAUCCGUUUCCGAGCAGCAUGGAAGCUCCAAGGCCGCACCCUGGACGAGAUCCCAUUCCAAGCCCUCUUCGGUGUUACUGGAUCAUGGAUCAGUAUCUUCCUCGUCAUCAUCGCUCUGGCAGCGCAAUUCUUCGUCGCAAUCGCUCCUCCAUUCACCAGCGACCUCAACGAUGCUGAAGGUUUCUUCAAGGCCUAUCUCGCUCUCCCUGUCGUCCUCUUCUUCUGGGUUGUUGGCUACGUCUGGAAGCGCAAGGGCUGGGUCAGACUGGCCGAUAUCGAUCUCGACACCGGCCGCCGUGAGCACGACUGGGACACUAUCAACGCUUACAGACGCCAAGUUGCGACUUGGCCUGCGUGGAGACGUGCUCUUUCUGCUGUCUUCUAA